AUGGAGAAGCUGUACCUGGCGGGGAGCAGCACCUGGAUCAUCAACAGCUCCCUGGGGAACGGCAGCCUCCGGCUGGAGAACCUGAGCGCCGGCAGGAACAGCACCGCCGACCCGCUGAAGAGGAACGAGGACAUGGCCAAGGUGGAGGUGACAGUGCUGUGCCUCAUCCUGUUCCUCGCCCUGACCGGCAACCUCUGCGUGCUCCUGGCCAUCCACACCACCCGCCACAAGCACUCCCGCAUGUACUUCUUCAUGAAGCACCUGAGCAUCGCUGACCUGGUUGUGGCCAUCUUCCAGGUGCUGCCCCAGCUCAUCUGGGACAUCACCUUCAGGUUCUACGGGCCAGACUUCCUCUGCCGCUUGAUCAAGUACCUGCAGGUGGUGGGAAUGUUCGCUUCCACCUACAUGCUGCUGCUGAUGUCCCUGGACCGCUGCUUGGCCAUCUGUCAGCCUCUGAGGUCCCUGCACAGGAGGGCUGACCGGGUCUCUGUCCUCCUCACCUGGCUGCUGUGCCUGCUGGUCAGCAUCCCUCAGAUCCACAUAUUUUCUCUAAGGGAUGUGGGGAACGGGGUUUAUGACUGUUGGGCAGAUUUCAUCCAGCCCUGGGGACCGAAAGCCUAUGUUACCUGGAUCACCCUCAUGGUCUAUAUCAUCCCUGUGUUGAUGCUGAGCAUCUGCUAUGGCUUAAUCAGCUUCAAAAUCUGGCAGAACGUGAAGCUGAAGACGUCUCACGGGCCCAGCGCGGGUCUGGGCUCGGGCUCCCGCGGCGGGAUGGUGUUUGCCAGGGUCAGCAGCACCAGGCUCAUCUCUAAAGCCAAGAUCCGGACUGUCAAAAUGACCUUUAUCAUCGUGCUGGCCUUCAUCGUGUGUUGGACUCCCUUCUUCUUCGUGCAGAUGUGGUCUGUGUGGGACACCAACGCCCCGCAGGAAGCCUCCCCCUUCAUCAUCGCCAUGCUCCUGGCCAGCCUCAACAGCUGCUGCAACCCCUGGAUCUACAUGCUCUACACCGGGCACCUCUUCCAUGACCUGAUGCGCCGCUUCCUCUGCUGCUCCACGCGCUACCUGAAGUCGCGGCCGGCCUGCGAGCUGAGCAAGAGGAGCAACUCCUCCUCCUUCGUCCUCAGCUGCAGGGCCACGAGCCAGAGGAGCUUCGUGCAGCCGCCCACGACGUGA